AUGAACAGAGACUGGGCAAAUGAACAAGGUGCUCAAACGAGCAAAACCCCAACAUGCCUGCUACUCAAAACAGAUCUUUCAUUUUACUCAUUUGGUUAUGAAGCGAUGGAAAAGUACGGCAAUAUUCAAGGUGAAAAAGAAGAGAAAGAUUUUCUCUUCUUUAAGCAUUUUAAAAUACUCUUAACGAUGAGGGAGUAAGAAUGCGCCUCACUGAUCAGUUUCAAAGAUAAAUUAUUAAAGAAAUAGGCGGCACUUUAUAAUGGUUUUGGGCGUAAUUAUCCACGCACGAAAAGAAAAGUUUGCAAAUCACGAGUCGGAUGCCAGUAUAUUUCUAUUGCUUUUAUGAAAAUGAUAGACUUCAACUUUCUAUGGGUUUGCCGUUGCAAUAAACGGUUUUUCACAAACCAGGGCGCCUGUAGUAUCUGAGUGAUACUUUUCACCUUCAAGAACAGAAAGUGAGCACACAGAAAGAGCCUUGUCUUAAUUAACAUCGAUCCAGAAUUACCCCAGCCGUCCGGCCCGAAAGUUGUUGCCUGAAAGAGUAUUGUAAAUCUUUUCAUGUUUUUUAAAUUAAAUAUCGAACAUAUCGUGCUACCUCAUUGAUUCCCAUAAAGACUUUUAAAAUGCUUAUUGAAUGCCAGCGUAAGAAGCAUCCGUCAUCUUUAACCGUAUCAUAUGCGUUAAUCUUCGUCAUCCUUAAAUAUUUUGGUUUAUUUAAAGUUCCUUAGAAUCUCUUCUUUGUUAAGGUGAUUGCAAAAAGGUAUGACGACAUAUUUUCCUGAGAACGCUGGGUUCAUUCUCUCCUAGAGUCUUGACAGUACGACUCUAAUAAAAGCAGCGAACGGACAACCUGUUAAGGCCAAGACACUGGUUGCAAGGUGCAUUACGUUUCUUAAAGACAAAACGAUCAAAAUAAUUUGUCAGCGAAGAGGAGAUCAUUUCAGUCCAGACGAUUUCCUGUGGGUUCUAAUUGUUCCGGCAAUAUGGACUCCAAUCGCAAAGCAGUUUAUGAGAGAAGCAGCUUAUCAGGUAAUGUUAGAAGACCAUAUCUUAUCCAGUUCGAAAUUAAAGCCUUAAACUCUUGAAAUCUGGGCGUGCUACAUAAUUUUCCUGUUUUCAGUCACAAGUUCUUCUCAUCGAGAAAUAAUUCCUCCGUUUUAUAUUAUUUAUAGCCCACAGCAUAACAUGAAGUCUGUUUAGAUGUGCCAAUCUUCUGGAAAACGUGAUCAUAACAUUUAAUAGUGCAUGCCUAUUGUUAUCGAUUUUACAACAUCUUUCAGGUUUUUUUUUUUAGGUAUGCUAACUAGAUUAAAAAGUCUUUCUUUUUCAAAGGCUUGUGUGAAUAUUAUGUUAAAUAAUCCCCCAAACGACUUCGAGAGGAAUAUUCUACAAUAUUCACUGAGCUUAAUGGCUUUAGUAUAAUUGCUCAGGUGUUUUCGAAUUUUAUGGUAAAUUCGUUUUGAUGCUAAAAUCAUUCUGUUACAAUUGUUUUGGUUACUCGUAUCAAGAUAAGAGGCUAGUUUCCGCUAGAAUUUAACAGGUUUAUUUGAUUCAAUCAGCAAAAAUUUCCUACAUUUGUUUUGAAAAGUGUUAAGCCAAACUUAUUAGCAUCUUUUGUGCUCUUCAGAAUUGUAUUUUCUUUCACCGCGUUUAUCAUUUUCUGCGUAACACUGUAAAACGCGAGGCAGCCAUUUAAAUUUUUUUGUACCUCUACUAUAUUAACCUCGCGCGAGUGAUUCUUGCGAGAUAUGACGCAAUACUCGACCAAUCAGAGCGCGCGCAUCUCUUUAAUCACCGAAGUAAUUAUACUAUGUUUUUUUGGGCUUUGUUCUUUUAGGUUAUUUUUUUUUAAUCAUUGAUUUUAGCUAUGUUAACCAUUAUCAUUAUUGUUGUUAGCGAUCGCAUUAGUGUCAUUAUAGGAGAUGAACUUUGUUCGUUUGUCUCACAACAGAGUCACUUAUGAUGUAGAUCGCGACGUUUCGACUGCAAUACCGUGGUCCUUCGACAUACCAACUGUCCAAGUACCUGACGACAAUACUACAACCGCUCACCGACAAAUCCAGACGAAAACCACAAUCCACCAAGGACUUCAUUAAAGCCAAUAAGACUGUACAGAUACCUGACGACUACAAACUAGUGUCAUUUGAUGUGAAAUCGCUUUUUACAAGUAUUCCACUUCAACUGGCACUACAAUGUACCGAGACUGCUAUCCAAUAAUCUACCGACAGAGGACGUUAUGGACUUACUAAAACUUUGCUUGGCAUCAACUUACUUUCAGUACAACGGUAAACACGACAAACAGUUACACGGUACAGCUAUGAGGCUAUAAGGCUUUCAAAGAACAACUGCAACGAAGACUUCAUCCAACGUAACACUCACCGACCCACUACUUCUACCGAAGUUAACGACAACGGAACUCCUACGACCACAGUAACUAUACCAUCUUCAGUUACAGCACCAACUACUUUCAACGGCUGACCCUAGAAAGCUGGUUUACUAACUUGGAACAAACUCCCCAAACAACACAACAGCCGAUUUAUGAGGACUUAAGAGGGAAUACCAUUUAACGACCGGAAUAAUAAUGAGGAUCGAAAUGCACCAAUACCAGCGUAACAAUGUGCUACAAAUAGCGACACGUAAACAAACCUCAUCGCCUGAUGAAGACUAACAGUAUUGCGGUCGAAACGUCGCGAUCUACAUCAGAAGAGACUAUCGUGAGACAAACGAACAAAGUUCAUCUCCUAUCUUACAUGAACAAUAGGCACAUAUUUUAUUACAGUGUCAUUAUCACUAUAUUUUUGGUAUCGUUAUUGCUAUAAUCAUCACUGUCAUUAUAAUUAUUAUUAUCAUCAUCAUCAUCGUGGUUGGAACUAACCUCCUCUUUUAAUACAACUCUCGUUUUAAGGGUAUACAUCCUUACAGUAAACUUACUAAGAAUCACCAAGAAAGUUAUUAGCUGUCUCGUGAAGUCAAUUAUACAUUUGCGAUGUAGAUUAAUUAGUCUAAAUUGAAAAAGAUUAGCCUGGGUAGGAUAUAAAGUUAGUAUAUAUCAACUGACUGCUAGAUGUGACAGUGCACGAAAUACGAGAUGAUGGUAACAUUAAAGAGAUCCACAGGGUCACAUGGGGACCUUAUGGUGGAAUGCAUGUCAACCAGCAGUUUGAAACUCUUUUGGAAGAGUUGUUUGGUAUAAAAAGAAUUCAAAAGUUCAAAAAGCAACAUCCAUCUGAUUGA